AUGCUCAUUGCGUCGAAAUCAUCCUCAGUGUCGACCUCAGAGCUCAGCAUAAUUUUGAACCUCCUCGAAACUCAAAUCCCUUCUUUUUGCUUCAAAUUCCGAAUUCCUCAAAAUUCGAAGAUGGCGAUGAGUGGGGGGACAGACAAGACCACCUUCUACAUCAGUGUUUUAUUAUGCGUUAUCGCGGGUAGUUUUCAAUAUGGCUACAACAUUUCUUCGGUAAACGGCCCAGCUGAAAACAUCAAGGACAAUCUCUACGGUGAAUUCCAAGGCGGCAAGGGCGUUUAUCAACUCGACGAAGAAGGAGCUCUUUCUGCCGAUCCCGUCGCCACCUGCCCGAACAUUUCUUCCGUCGCAGAUUGCAAAGCUUGCGCGGAAGAAAUCGCCUGCAAGAGUCAGUUCGUCAACGAGGAAGAUCGACAACUUAGUGAUACAAGAGAAGAUCAGUACAGUUAUGCUGUUGCUCUUUUCACUGUUGGAGGAAUUGUUGGUUCCUUUUCUGUGAAACCAGUUGUCUCGCAAUUCGGAAGAAAGAAGGGACAGUUGGUGAACAUGAUCAUUUCUCUCGGAGCAUCAGUUCUUUUCGUCGGAGCAAAGCACUACAACAGUCAUAUUUGCUUGGUCGUCGCUCGAAUUCUUAUCGGUCUCUUUUCCGGCCUCGCAACUGGCAUCUGCCCCAUGUACAUCAUUGAAAUGAGCCCGAAGGAAGACCGAGGCUGGAUCGGAGUCUUGAACCAGUUGCUCAUCACGAUCGGCAUCCUCGUCGCACAGAUCAUUGCUCUUUCUUCUUGGAUGCGACAAAACUGGGGAAUUUACAUGGCUUUGACCGCCGUGCCAGCUAUUCUCUGGAUCGCUCUCAUUGGCCUCUCUUACGAAUCUCCUCGAUACUUGUAUUUGGAAAGAAAUGAUGCUGAAGAAGCUUCAAGAGUUCUCAGAAAAGUCCGAGGAACUGAAGAUGUCGAAGAGGAAUUGGACGAAAUGAAAGCCGAGCAUGAAAAAUCGCUCAGCGAAGAAAACAUGUCCAUCGGCACUCUUUUCACCGCCAAAGACGUCCGUUGGCAAUUGAUUUCCAUCGCCGCCAUGAUGAUUUGCCAGCAAAUGUCAGGAAUCAACGCUGUCUUUUUCUACACUAACAAGAUCUUUGAAUCCGCUGGUUUCACUAACGAAACUUCGACCAAGAUUUCUGUGCUUAUUGGAGCGCUCAAUGUCGCCAUGACUUUUGUUUCUAUGUCUUUGAUGGAGAAAGCUGGUCGAAGAUCGCUCAUGGUUUAUGGUUAUGGAAUCAUGGUCGUCUUCUGUGUUCUCCUCGCUGUCGCUUUGAAAAGCCUUCAUGUCGGCACUUGGGUCUCCUACGUUUCUAUUCUCUGCGUCAUGGGCUACAUCGUCGGCUUCGCGAUCGGACCCGGACCUGUCCCAUGGAUCUGGGCCACUGAGUUCUUCAAGCAAUCUGCUCGGGCUGCCGGAGCCAGUAUGGGUUGCGUCAUCUGCUGGGUGUGUACCUUCAUCGUUGGAAAGUUUUUCCCGAUUGCUGAGGCAAAACUUGGACCUUACGUCUUCAUCUUCUUUGCUCUCGUUUCGCUCUUUGCGUUCUUGUAUUGCUUGAAGAUCACUCCAGAAACGAAAGGAAAGAGCUUCGAAGAAAUUCAAGAGUACUUUGCGAAAUUGAACGGCGUUGAAAUCUCCGACGAAGAAAUGAAACUUGCCGACAAUCGCGAGGAAUAA